UUUGGGAAGAAUCAACUCAACCCAAGCUGCCUCCAAGCCAUCCACCUGAAGAUCGUGGCGCGGAUUGAAUGUUAAGUCAGUCCUUAUGAAAAGGCACACCCCUCCUCCGUGUCUGUUGCGAUCGCGACGGUGGAUGAAAUAACCUGUGAGCCCAACUUCACCAUCUUGAAUGGAACUGUCAAGCCAGGUCUCCGAUACAGCGAUCACCGCAGCCUUGGACGUGGACGCGAGGUGCCCAAUUUCAUCCAGUUUGGGAAGAAGACUCCUGGCAUUGACGUGAAUAAAAUGCAUCCCUUUCCGUUUUAAAAGACGGAGUGAAUCAUAGUCUCUUCCAUCCAUACUGUCCUCAUCAUACGUUCUCAGUUCAUUUGUGUCAUCAAACACAUCUGCGCUACAUAUUUCCCGCAAACAACACCGGUUACAAACCAGCGGGAUAUCCGCCUUAUUCCGUACCGCCCUAUCAAAUAUCAGACCCUAUUUCGCCUUAUUUAAAAAAAAAACGUAAUUGCUCGUUUCAUUUCAUAAAUGGACUACAACUUCAAGUGACGUGACACCCUUCCACGACGUUACUCACCUAGCAUGGUUUGUUUAUUAGCCUGUUAGCUAGUUGGUUAGUUAGUAGACAAUCACAUUUACUGCCAGCUCUUGUGUGAGUAGGAGCACAACACAAGUUAUCCCAACAUAAAGGUAAUUACCACGCGGUUUACAUCGCUCUCUGUUAUUACAAAAAUAUGAUAAGCCAGUUAAGCAAAUUGCCGUUUUGAUCAGUUGGAGAUGAAGCGCCUAAACUGGUGACGUCAAAUGCUACUGUAGCUAGUUACUGUAGUUCGUUAUCACCAUGUUACAAACAAACUCAAAACAAUUACACUGAUCCUAAAAAAUAAAGUAUGACCACUGGAAGCAAUAGAGCUGACCUACAUGCAUAGCAUACUGAAGGCAUUUAACUAACUUCCCAUCGUGGGCCGAGAUAUAUUUUUUCUAAAAGAAAAUCCCAUCCCCUCCCGCUAGCCUCUAGGAACGCAACCACUAGAUGGCGAUGAGAUUACUUUCCCUCCCUAUAGUCUAUGUAGGCUAAAGGGCUGUUCACACCGAGAACGAGAACGAGAACGAGAACGAUAACUAAAACCAUAACGAUAAAAGCGUCCACACUGGCCAACGAUAAGUAAAGUCUCUCCUCAUGUUAAUGAAUGUGUAGCUUGGUUGUACCACCCUUGACUAAUAUCGUACAGAUACCUGUAACGGUGAAGGGAAAUGAAAAUUGAGCGGAAGCUUACGUAUGGCUAUGCCAGGCUAAUGAAUGUGAUGGCUAGAAUAUUAUGGGUUGGCUGUUAGCUUUUUAUCGUUCUCAAAAUCGCUCUGAAAGUGAUCAACGAUAUCGUUCUUGGCGUUAUCGUUAUAGUAAAUGUGUGAACGUUGUCAUUCAUAUUAACGAGAGCGAUAUUUAUUUAUAGUUAUCGUUAUCGUUAUCGUUCUUGGUGUGAACGGCCCUUAAGGCUAUUUGAGCUCCCGGGAGGGAAACAAUGAACGAAUUUGAACGUGAGCCCAUGUUGUUGGGGUCUAACGAGGCCUAUCUGUGUUGUUUGAGCCCAAGAAGUUGUGGGGAAUGCUCUGUUAUAGCUAGAUCACCUGAAGACUAACAUUGUUUUGCCAGACAGCAAUGUCAUGUAGCCUACUUGAACGUAAUAAUACACAUGUUACCUAUUUUCAUUAGCCUACAGGAAUUGAAUAGCAGUGUGGCCUACGUCCACAGUGGAGACUAAAUUGUUAGGCCUGCCGGCAUGAAAGUAGGCUAUAACAGAGUGGAAUGAGGUGUUCUGGCUUUGGGUAGUUUAAAGAGACCCUAUGUAACAUUUUCAUAGUCAUAAUAUCGCAUAAGAAUCGUUGUUUGACUGACAGUUUGAUCGAAAACAGUCAUAUUUCCCAGUGUCCCUAUCUGCUAUAGCCUUGCAGUUUGUCGAGGAGGCGAUCGCUCCUUGUUUAGGCUCCAAAUUCUAUUGGUCUGUAAGCAUGGUUCUUUUUACGAAACUCAUGUGAAAACGUUUGGCAAUCUAGCUGCAUGAUUAUCUCAGUGUUCUUGCAAAGGCUCAUGGGAACCCACUGAAAAGAAUAGAAGAAUAGAAUAGAAUAUAUACUUUUUUGAUCCCGUGAGGGGAAUUUGUUUCUCUGCAUUUAACCUAAUUAGUGAACACACACACAGCUCACACACAGUGAGGUGAAUCACACACUAACCCAGAGCAGUGAGCUGCCUGCCCAACCAGCGGCGCUCGGGGAGCAGUGAGGGGUUAGGUGCCUUGCUGAAGGGCACUUCAGCCGUGGUGGACUGGUCGGGGAUCGAACUGGCAACCCUCCGGUUACAAGCCUGAAGCCCUAACCAGUAGGACUACACCACGGCUGCCCACAAAAAGGAAUCUGUGACUGUUGCCGUAGCAAGACCAAUGCUUCCACUAGUUGUUAGAUUUUGUAUAUUUUGUCUUCUAUCUGGCCGCCAGGAAGCUCAAGCCAUCUCAGAUAUUGCUAAGAGAGGCUGGUCCAAGGUGUUUACAGUGGAGCAGCUGUCUGUGGAGAUAGAUGUCACCUCAGUCAUCUGGAUACACAACGGGAACAUCGCUGCAGAAUGGGAGGAAGGAGUUGAGAAACCAAUUUACUAUGGCAUCUUCAACUCCAAAACUACACUGGAUAUGAACACCUGGGCCCUGACCAUCUCAAGUCUCCAGCCAGAUUUUAGUGGAGAUUAUUCAGUUGACAUUAAUUACAAAGGUCCCACUAAUCUCUUGACCCUUAUUGUAGUCGAUGCUGAUCCUGUUUAUGGUGUUAAAGGACAGUCCGUCACCCUACAAGCAAAAGCACAGAAUGUACAGGGCCAGAUUGCGCAAUGGACACUCAAUAACACUGUCAUUGCAGACAGAGAUGAAGAAACGCAUCAGACCGCUUACAAGAACAUGAAGUUUGACAACGAAACUCUGUCUCUAACCAUCUCAGAUCUUCUAGCAAAUUACAGUGGCCUAUAUGCAUUCAAGUUGAAUAACAUCAAUAAAGGGAUAUAUCAACUCAUUGUCCGUGAUGCUAUGUUGGAGCUCAGGAUUACAAAACACUGCAACUCCACCAGCUGCACCCUAAACUGCACAGGGGUGAAUGAUGAAAACACUCAGGUCAGCUGGACUGAUAACAAAGGGGGAAAGAUGUCUGGUCCAGUUUGGGUUCUAGAGAGGAGUCCACACCUGGAUGUCAUCUACAACUGCUCCAGUGACUCAGGGAGCUGGAAGACCGAGAGUGUCUCAGAGACAGACUACUCAAUCUCAGGAAAUACAGAAUCUAACUGGGAAAAAAUACAGGGACCUGUUGUAGCUGUUCUUGUGCUUUUAGCAUUUGGAGUUGGUGUUGGUGUUGUACUGUACAAGAAAAGGAGAGCAAGAAAUACAAGAAGGCUGCAUCCGCAGGAUCAACAACCUCAACAACAAAAUGGAUUUGAGCUCUUACCAAACAACGUCCACCAAGAGGAAGAGGAAGAGGAAAAGGAAGAGUGUCCACUGAAUGGAGGGACAGAGGGAAAUCCUAAAGAACACUCCAUCCCUUCAAUCUGGAAAUCAUCCAUCAUCUGCCCCCUGCCCCGUGCCAAAGAAGAGCAACCCCACCUGCGACAAUGACUACCGCCCAGUGGCCUUAACAUCCUUGGUCAUGAAAAGCUUUGAGAGGUUAAUGCUCUCACAGCUGCAGGAGGAGGUCAGUAUGUACACCGAUCCACUCCAAUUUGCAUACAAGCGGCAGAGGGGGAUGGAUGAUGCCAUACUGACGCUGCUCCAUGGAGCCUACACUCACCUGGAAAAGCCCAAGUCAUUUGUCCGGCUGGUGUUCGUGGACUUCUCCAGUGCUUUCAACACUGUGCAACCCCAUCUGAUGGGCCAAAAGCUUCUCCAGAUGGAGGUCAAUCCCCACCUCAUUCUCUGGGUUCUGUCUUUUCUGACAGAAAGGCAUCAGAGAGUCAGAGUAAAUGGCCAUCUCAGCUCUGAUAAGUUGAUCUCCACAGGCGCUCCACAGGGCUCUGUAAUCUCACCGGUUUUAUUCACACUUUACAUUAACGAUUGUCAGAGCACUAACCCAGACAUCUCAUACAUCAAGUACUCUGACGACACUGUUAUUAUGGACCCCACCAAUUCAUAUGAUCAACUACAGUCUGAGCUGGCCUCCUUCGCAGACUGGUGCACACAUAAUUCUCUGGACCUCAACAUAUCAAAAACCAAGGAACUACUAAUUGACUUCUGUAAGGCCCCCACCACCAUCCCCACUCUAACUGUCAACAACCAGCCUAUAGAGAGGGUUGAUACAUACAGGGACCUUGGGACAAUGAUUGACCAUAAAUUGAACUUCCAUCAUAACACAGACAUCAUCUACUCCAAAUGCCAGCAACGUCUAUUCUUCCUCAGAAAACUCCGUAGACUUCAGGUCCACUCAUCAGUUUUGACAGCUUUCUACAGAUGUUUCAUUGAGUCCAUAAUCACCUUCAACAUCACAGCCUGGUUUGGGGCACUGUCCAGUGUUCACCUGAAUCCACUCAACAGAAUAAUAAAGCUAAGUGGUAAAAUAAUUGGCCAACAACAGGAAUCACUCUCCAGCAUAUACAAAAGACGAACUGUGGAAAAAGCAACAUGCAUAUCCAAAGACACUCACUUUCUCCAUAGUCAGUACUGCCCCCUGCCCUCAGGACACAGACUCAGAUCCCUCCCACUCAGAACAAACAGAGCCCUGGCUAGCUUUGUGCCUGCUUCCAUUAGACUGUUGAACAGUCACUCUUAGUCUUCUUUUAUGUAUUUAUGUAUUUUAUGUAUUGUAUUUAUUAUUAUUUUUUAGAGUGUGUGUGUGUGUGUGUGUGUAUGUAUGUAUGUGAAGGUAUGUGCUGCUUCUCCACAUGUGAAGUUCCUAACGGAAAAAUAAAGUUCUUUGAAUUGAA